CCUCCACAGAGUGGACCAGGAGAGCUCAGAGGUUCCCAGUGGUCAGUCUGCCCAGCAGCAUCAAACACACCUGGACUCCAUAUUUAUGCUGCUGGAGGACAACAUUGUCACUUUUGUGAAGAACGAGCUGAAGAAGAUCCAGAAGGUUCUGAGUGUAGAUUACCCAGAAUGCUCAGAGAGUCAGAGGGAGGAUGAGGAAGUGUUGGAAAGUGAGGAUGAUGAGCAGAGGAGGAGCAGCAGAGAGGCAUUUCUGAAGAUCACAGUGCACUUCCUGAGGAGAAUGAAGCAGGAGGAGCUGGCUGACUGUCUGCAGAGCAAACAUCUUGUUGGAGUUUGUCAGCGUGAACUUAAAUCUAACCUGAAGAAGAAGUUCCAGUGUGUGUUUGAGGGGAUUGCUAAAGCAGGAAACCCAACCCUUCUGAACCAGAUCUACACAGAGCUCUACAUCACAGAGGGAGGGAAUGCAGAGGUCAAUGAUGAACAUGAGGUCAAACAGAUUGAAACAGCAUCCAGGAAACCAGAUAGACCAGAAACAACAAUCAGACAAGAAGACAUCUUUAAACCCUCACCUGGAAGAGAUGAACCAAUCAGAACAGUGAUGACAAAGGGAGUGGCUGGCAUUGGGAAAACAGUCUUAACACAGAAGUUCACUCUGGACUGGGCUGAAGACAAAGCCAACCAGGACAUACAGUUCACAUUUCCAUUCACUUUCAGAGAGCUGAAUGUGCUGAAAGAGAAAAGGUACAGCUUGGUGGAACUUGUUCAUCACUUCUUUACUGAAACCAAAGAAGCAGGAAUCUGCAGGUUUGAAGAGUUCCAGGUUGUGUUCAUCUUUGACGGUCUGGAUGAGUGUCGACUUCCUCUGGACUUCCACAACACUGAGAUCCUGACUGAUGUUACAGAGUCCACCUCAGUGGAUGUGCUGCUGACAAACCUCAUCAGGGGGAAACUGCUUCCCACUGCUCGCCUCUGGAUAACCUCACGACCUGCAGCAGCCAAUCAAAUCCCUCCUGGGUGUGUUGACAUGGUGACAGAGGUCAGAGGGUUCACUGACCCACAGAAGGAGGACUACUUCAGGAAGAGGUUCAGAGAUCAGGAGCAGGCCAGCAGAAUCAUCUCCCACAUCAAAACAUCACAAAGUGUCCACAUCAUGUGCCACAUCCCAGUCUUCUGCUGGAUCACUGCUACAGUUCUGGAGGAUGUGUUGAAGACCAGAGGGGGAGGAGAGCUGCCCAAGACCCUGACAGAGAUGUACAUCCACUUCUUGGUGGUUCAGUCCAAAGUGAAGACCAUCAAGUAUGAUGGAGGAGCUGAGACAGAUCCACACUGGAGUCCAGAGAACAGGAAGAUGAUUGAGUCUCUGGGAAAACUGGCUUUUGAGCAGCUGCAGAAAGGCAACCUGAUCUUCUAUGAAUCAGACCUGACAGAGUGUGGCAUCAAUAUCAGAGCAGCCUCAGUGUACUCAGGAGUGUUCACACAGAUCUUUAAAGAGGAGAGUGGACUGUACCAGGACAAGGUCUUCUGCUUCGUCCAUCUGAGUGUUCAGGAGUUUCUGGCUGCUCUUCAUGUCCAUCUGACAUUCAUCAACUCUGGAGUCAAUCUGCUGGCAGAACAACAAACAACAUCCUGGUUGUCUAAGGUCUUCAAAGACAAACCUAAACUAGAAUAUCUCCACCAGAGUGCUGUGGACAAGGCCUUAGAGAGUCAACAAGGAUACCUGGACUUGUUCCUCCGCUUCCUCCUGGGUCUUUCACUGCCGACCAAUCAGACUCUCCUACAAGGUCUGCUGACACAGACAGGAAGUAGCUCAGAGACCAAUCAGCAGACAGUCCAGUACAUCAAGAAGAAGAUCAGUAAGAAUCUCUCUGCAGAGAGAAGCAUCAAUCUGUUCCACUGUCUGAAUGAACUGAAUGAUCGUUCUCUAGUGGAUCAGAUCCAACAGUCCCUGAGUUCAGGAAGUCUCUCCACAGAUAAACUGUCUACUGCUCAGUGGUCAGCUCUGGUCUUCAUCUUACUGUCAUCAGGAAAAGAUCUGGACGUGUUUGACCUGAAGAAAUACUCCUCAGAGGAGGCUCUUCUGAGGCUGCUGCCAGUGGUCAAAGCCUCCAACAAAGCUCUACUGAGUGACUGUAACCUCUCAGAGAGAAGCUGUGAAGCUCUGUCCUCAGUUCUCAGCUCCCAGUCCUCUAGUCUGAGAGAGCUGGACCUGAGUAACAACAACCUGCAGGAUUCAGGACUGAAGCUGCUUUCUGUUGGACUGAAGAGUCCACACUGUAAACUGGAAACUCUCAGGCUGUCAGGCUGUCUGAUCACAGAGGAAGGUUGUGCUUCUCUGGUCUCAGCUCUGAGCUCCAACCCCUCCCAUCUGAGAGAGCUGGACCUGAGCUACAAUCAUCCAGGAGACUCAGCAACAAAGCUGUCUGCUGGGCUGGAGGAUCCACACUGGAGACUGGACACUCUCAGGGUGGAGCCUGCUGGAGUCCGAUGGUUGAGACCAGGUCUGAGGAAGUAUUCCUGUGAACUCACAGUCGACACAAACACAGUGAGCAGAAACAUCAAACUGUCUGACAACAACAGGAAGAUGAUUCAUGUGGAGGAGGAUCAGUCAUAUCCUGAUCAUCCAGACAGAUUUGACUGGCCUCAGCUGCUGUGUAGAAAUGGUCUGACUGGUCGCUGUUACUGGGAGGUCGAGUGGAGAGGAAGAGUUUAUAUAUCAGUAAGUUACAGAGGAAUCAGCAGGAGAGAAAACAGUGAAGACUGUUUAUUUGGAAGGAAUGAUCAGUCCUGGAGACUGGAGUACUCUGAUGGUGGUUACUCUGUCUGUCACAAUAACAGAGAAACAUUCAUCUCCUCCUCCUCCUCCUCCUCCUCCUCCUCCUCCUCUGGUAGAGUAGCAGUGUAUGUGGACUGUCCUGCUGGCACUCUGUCCUUCUACAGAGUCUCCUCUGACACACUGAUCCACCUCCACACCUUCAACACCACAUUCACUGAACCUCUUCAUCCUGGGUUCUGGUUCGGGUCUUACAGUUCCUCAGUGUCUCUGUGUCCUCUGUAGGAGGGAGAGAGAAACUUUCUCACUGUUGACCAGAUAGUUCAGUCUGUACAGGAUCACACACAGCUGAUGUUAGUUGGUACCAACCUGAUGUGUUUACUGUAAUAGAGGAGGAAGAGGAGGCUGAAGGAAGAGAAGAGCAAAGGAUGCUGGGAUGAAGGGAUCAUGUGUGAGGGUAAUGUGCAGCCUGCAGACAUAGAGAUGAAAGAAAUGAUAGAAAGAAUUGAUCUUCUUCUAUAACUCUGAGAAAAAUGAACAUUUUUAGGAUCAAAUGUGGCUGCUUGUAUUUCAAAUCUUCUUCUUUUUGAAAGCACAGUUAGAGGGAAAGAGUUUUUAUGACUCAAAUAUUAAAGUGUGAACAAAUAUUCAACUUUGAGUCUAAAACUGAACUUUGUUGCCUGUUCAAAUGUCAAACAAGAGUCUUUCAGGAUCAAAUUCAGCAUCUGUGUAAAAAUAGUUCCAAGGUGUAAAGAGUGGCUUUGAUUUGAACAAACUAAAUUCAUCAUCAAUUCAGUUCAUUGUUGCUGUGCUACUGUCUGUCUGUCUGUCUGUCUCUCUCUCUCUCUCUCUCUCUCUCUCUCUCUCUCUCUCUCUCUCUCACCCCAACUGGUCGAGACAGACGACCACCCACCUAGAGCCGAAGGAUCUGUCCUAGGUUUCUGCCUUUUAACAGGCAGUUUUUCCUUGCCCUUGUCUCCAAGGUCUUGCUCAUGGUGGAACUGUUGGGUCUCUGUAAUUAAUGUUAAAGAGUUCGGUCUAGACCUGCUCUAUUUGAAAAGUGUCCUGAGAUAACUUCUGUUAUGAAUUGGUGCUAUACAAAUAAAAUUGAAUUGAAAAAUUGAAUUAAAUGUUGAUCAAAAUGUAUUAUAAUGGGUCUCUGUUGAAUAGUCUCACCCCCCACAACAUUUAGGCAUUAGUUCAUAGCAUAAGUCUUUACAUGCAAAAUGGUUGAACACGCAUAUUUUUAUACAUUUCCAUUAGACUUUUUUUCUAAAUCUGUCCUGAAUUGGUAAAUUGCUCCCAGGUGAAUCUUGACUUUCUCUAACGAAUCAGUCAACUGGCAAGUAUAUAUAUAGCCGGAGCACAACACCAUGUUACAAUUUCUGACAAUGGAAGGACAAAGAAUUGGACGGGGUCAACAGCCAGAGAGAAGAAGAAGAGGAAGAAGAGUGAGGCUGCGUGGCGGAGGAGUUGGGAGGCAAAACAGAGGAAGAGGCAGAAGAGGCCGAGGACAUAUGCGCGUUCCUGAUGAGAUAAGAGCUUGUAGACCAUGUUCUCAAUCAUGGAAAGUAUAUGAUCGCCAGCCACAUACACAGACGACCCUUCUGGCUGCCAUGGAUGCGGCGUGUGAUGACAUCACAGCAGAUGCCUGCAGAGGCUGGAUAAGACGCUCUAAAAGAUUCUUUCCACGCUGCAUCGCAAGAGAAGAUAUUCGUUAUGAUGUGGAUGAGAAUUUGUGGCCCAACAGACAAGAACAUCAGGAGGUGUAGGAAGACUGCACUGUAAUUUCUACAGCACUGCAUGUACAGGAGACAUUUCUACUUUUGUUUUUUUUUGUUUUUUUCUUUGUGCUAUGCAGUGCUGUCUUUUCCUUUCUGUAUCACAAUGACAUGUACAAACAGUAAAAACGUAAAUGUGAA